AUGUCCGUGGUGGAGGACGUUGUGCGGGUGUUGAACAAUGCCAAGCUCUCCUCGGAACCAGCAAGCAAGCUGGCGCAGCUGCAGCGGCUGCGGGAGCUGCUGCUGCAGCGCGAGCCGCAGCUGCUCGACACCUUCAUCGACGAGCUCGCGCUUUUCCAGGUGGACCCCCACCCCUCCGUCCGCCGCUGGCUCGCCGACUUUGCCGGCGCCGCCGCCGCGGCGCGCCCGAGCCUCCCGGUGCUGACCGGCGCCGCGCAGGCGCUGGGAGGGCUCGCGGCGGAUGACAACGCCUCGGUCCUGCAGCUGGCAGCGGUGGCCUGCCACCCAGUGCUGCGGCUGUCCCUGGCCAUGCACGCGGCGCAGCUGGCCGGCGCCGACGCCGAUAGCACGUGGGCCGCGGCGCUCGACCUGCUGGCGCGCGCCACCAAGCUGGCGGGCGGCGCCCCGCCCGGCGCCGCGGGGCCGCACGCCUCUGGCGCGGCCCCAGGGUCUGUGGCGGCGCGCCUCGCGGGGAUCAAGCUGUGUGAGUCGUCCGCACUGCUGCUGACGUCAGAGCUGGCGCCGCUGGUCGUGCCAGUCCCGGGUCAGUACGGCCCACCCAUGAGGACGCUGCCGGACGCGCCUGCCAUCACCCAGGCGGCGCGGGAAGCCGUGGCGAAGCUGGCCGAACUGGUGGCCGCGCCCUCGGCGCCGCAGCUGCCCGGCCCCGUGCUCAUCGGGGCGGUCGGCGCGCUCGCGUCGCUGGCGCAGCGGCGGGCGGCACUCCUGCAGCCGGCGCUCGUGCCUCUCCUGGCGCUUGCGAGCAAGGGUGACGUCAGGGCGCCCUCGCCCGGCGACGGCCAAGACGGAGUCGCGGCGAGCAAGGGCGCCGCGCUGCGCGCCGCGCUCGCGCGCCUGCUGCGGCUGCCCGCGGACCACCUUGCGCCGUGGCGGGCCCAGAUAUCCCAGGCGCUCGCCGCGAUGGGCGCGGGUGCCGCCGCGGACUCGGCGCAGCGGCAGCUUGCCAGGUUGGGCGCUUGCGGGCAAGCGUCGUCGCGGGCGUCGGGCGCACGGCAGCGCGACGCUUCCGGGCUUGCGCGUUUGCACAGCGAAGGCCACGAGCCGCGGGGGCCUGCUUGCCUUGCGCUCUCUUGCGUCAUACAAUCCUGA